GGAAUCCAUUCUGUCCCCGAUGGUGAACGUGAAAAUCCCGAAUCGGUUGGCUGUGAAUCUCGAACUGUACCUAUCCUAUGUAAAAACAUCCCCACCCCAGAGUUGUCAUGCAGAUUUGCAAGCACAAGAGCAUUUGUAAUGCGCAUCCCCAUGAGAGGCAUUGCCCAUCGUGUUUUAGAACUUGUAAUGCUGUAAACAGGAUAAGGAGACGGAUUUCUUAUGCUGCUUCCCUUGCUAAACUGCACUACAGUACAGCCUGCAACAUGUCAUGCGUGACUCCCAAAAGGUCUAGGUUUGUGUUGCAAAAUCCCCAUCUUGACUCUGGGGUGGGGACGUUUUUACACGGGAUAUUACCUAGAUUCCACCCAACAACUCCAAGAACCGACGGAUGACGGAAUAUCCUGUGCAAAAGUAUCGUACUCGUAGUAAUUGCGGUCAUGCAUUACAAAUCUCCCUUUUUAGCUGGAUCAGCAUUGCAAAUUCCUUUUUUCCUUUUGGAAAAAUUUGUAAUGCAAUUUAUACUAGUACGAUGCUUUUGCAAUGCAUACGGGAAAUACCUUAGUGAUACCGGUGCUAGCCCGAAAAUCUGUAUCGAGGUAUCAAAUUCAAAUAUCUCUGGGUCCGGAAAAAUGCAAACUUGUCAUGCAUAUUUUCAAUGCCCCAUGAGGUCUGCGAUGCAGGACCUAGCAUGACAGGUUCUGUGAAGCCUCUAUCAUGUCUAUCCUGCAUGACAAACUGCCGCUAAACAUGUUCAAACGUGGACACCUUUUGGUAAUCAUGCAACACAAAGUUUUGCACUAUCCAGACUUAGCAUGACAAGUUGCAUCCUUCCAGACCCAGACGCUUUUGCAAUGCAUACGAGGUGUUGGACGAGGAUGUCAGUUCCAAUUCUCUCUCCCCUAUCAAAUGUAAAAAUCCCUGGAUGUCUGGAAACUUGUGAUGCUGGUUGGCGUAUCAUGAGGCGGCCACAAGUGCUGGCUCAGCAUGACAAGUUUCUGAGCUUCGAGGUGUGGCCUAGUCUGCAUGACAAACUGCGUUUCUGCAUGACAAAAAAACGAGGCUCUUGGGUAACGUGCAUGACAGACUUUGGGGUCAUUCUGGCAGAGCAUGACAGACCUUCCAUUCAUUUUUACAAUCCAUAUCCCCGGGGAAUGUGCAAAGUUUGGAUAAGAACAAUAUGCCGAUGCUGUUACCGUUAACC